UCGAGUAUAAACUUUACAUGAGGCUCAACAACACACCACUGACCAGCCGUAUCACCUCUUACUGUACUACAAACAUCCUUCUCUCCUCUGCGAAGAUGUCCAGCUCUGUAACAACCACCACUAACGGGGUGGUGGUCAUCACCCAUGUACACCCCACUGUCAACGGGAUGGGGGUCGUGAGGGUCGAUUCUGCCCCUCACUGUUUGGGACAGACGGUUUCCUCAGUGCUGGGAAGUUUCCGGGCAGGGCAACCAAAAGCACUGGGGACCGUACAGAUCAUGGUUGGUUUGUUGAUGCUGUUGACAGGAAUCGUGAUGGCUACAGGACCACAAGUAGACAAUAUUGGAGUAAUUAGCGGAAUAUUUGUCUGGGGAUCUAUCAUUUAUGUCAUUGCAGGCUCUCUAACUGUUGCUGCUGACAACAAAUUGAACACAUGUCUGGUAAAAGGCUCCCUUGGAAUGAAUGUUGUCGCCACGGUUACUGCUCUUACUGGCACCAUUCUGCAUUCUUUAGACAGUGCUGGGAUCAUCUUUUACAACUACUACUGUGACUAUCCAGGCUAUACUUCAUACCUCCCUCCAUCCUAUGCCUGUCAACAGUAUUGGGUCAGGUCCCAGGGAAUUUCAGGUGUUUUGGUAGUUUUUUCCCUGCUGGAACUUAUAGUGUCCAUCUGUGUCUCGUCAUUCGCCUGCAGAGCUGUCUGCCAGUGCUGCCGUUCCACCCCUGAGCAAGUGUUCGUCAUUGGGAAUCAAAUACCGGUACCUCAUGGCAGCAUGACUCCAAGCAACGCACCUUUCCCUCCUCAGAGCAACUACGAGACUGUGAUCUACCCAAAGGUUCCUGAGGGAGACGAUAUGGGAACAGGGUUUCAACAGUACCCCCUGCCCCCCAAAAACACUGCUUUCAUCCCUUGAGAAUUGGACUUCUGUGAAUACAUCGCUCUUUUUCUUGUUAAAAUUGUGUUCUCUAGGGCUAUUUUUCUGAUCCAAGCCAGGCAAUGUUUGGCACCACAUCACUGAUCUGAAUAGUUGGACAGUUCAAUAUUGAUAGUGUAAUGUAAUGUUUCAGUAUAAUGAUUAGGGGACUAUAUGGCUGAUUUUUUUUACUUCAUGUUUUUGUAAUUUCUCUCUUUUCUUAUUGAUAUCAUUUCAUUCGAAUUUAUUAUAUAAAAGUAUAGUACAUUUAUCAACUAACAUCAGCCACUGCUACAUCACAUUAUAUGACAAUGAGGCAUCACUUUUUUUAAUAACAUGCAAAUACAUAUUUAACUUAAUGUCUUGAAACAAGUCUUGACUUAAACUAAUAAAUAAAAUGACA